CGAUCACUAAAGUAUCGGGCAAUAAUAUAUUAUUCAUUACAAUAUUGAAAUUGAAAUUCUAUUGAAGUUUAAGAUAAAGAUUUAGUAGAAGUAAUAGCAGGUUACUAUGACUUAUACUAUAGGAGAUCGAAAGAUCACUUUAGAACAUGACUUAUCUGAAUCUGAUAUACAACUUCUACUAGCACAUUCAAAAUUAUUUAAAUAUUGUCUUAAUAUGGUUACAUUUAAAUAUCUUAUAAAUUUAAAGAAAAUUGUCCAUCUUUAUGGAGAUGUAAUAACUAUAUAUUCAACAUUACUUAGUAAAAUUCCAAAUUAUGAUGAUAUAACUUUAAUGAGUAUAAAUUCUAAAAUUAGUAUACUACAACUUGAAAAUAAUUUAAGUAAGAUAUUAGGUGUCACAACUAGUGUAAAUAAUACUAUAACAACGACUACUACAAUAAAGGGAGGUAAUUGGGAAGAUAAAGAAUAUGAAAAUAAUGUUAAAAAAUUCACAGUAAUAAUAUUAGAAUCAACUAUAGAUACAUUUGCAUUAAUUCUUAAAACAUUACGAUGUGUUGAAGUAUUCUUUUCAUCAUAUAGUAAUCUUAAAAAAUUAUUAGUACCAUUUUUAUUAAAUCAAACUAUUUCAAUUAAUGAUUCUUUACGUAAAGCCCUUUAUUUAUUUAAAUUAACCACAAUUGCAGAUGAUAUUGUGGCUAUAAAGGAAUUAACACCUCCAAUAUUAAAACAAUUAAAGAAAAUUGAAAAAAUUACUACUGGAAUUGAACGAGAAUCAGCCAUACUUUUAUUUGCAUUUAAAGCUUUUAAUGAUACUUUAAAGAAAUAUACUUCAGUAUUAAUUGGUAAAGCAAUACUUAAAAGAGAAAUACCAAGAAAUCAAUGUGAAUUAAUAAAUAGAAGAGAAGUAUGUCUUCAAGCUGCUGAACAUGUAGUAAGUAUACCAUUAACUGAAGAUCAAGUUGAAGGAUUUUUAUUUAAGAAUAUAAAGGCUUAUCUAUAUUAUGGAAUUGCAACUUUAUCACUUAUUAUGGCAUUAUUAUUAUUCAGACUUUUCAAACUUUUAUUUGGUCCAGAAACCAAUUAAAUAUUUAUUUAUUUAUUGUAUUUAUCUAUAGAAAUGUAAAAUAGCAUACCCAUGCAUAAUGAAUAUAAAAUAUGAAAUAAAC